GAUCAGCUCUUUUAGUUCCGCCCAUCUUCGAAGUGCUAAAGAAACCGAAAGUGAACUUUAGUUUUAAACCAAUAAAUCCAAAAGAGGAAAAAUAUGGCCUGUAGGCGUGACAGUGUCAGUAGCUGCGGAGAAAGUCUAGACAGGGAGCUUAGCUGCAGCAUUUGCUUUGAGCUCUUCUGUGACCCCACCUGCUUGCCGUGUGAUCAUAACUACUGCCUGUUGUGCAUCCAGCAGCUGUCGGACGGUCCAACGGGAUGGAUUACUUGCCCGGAUUGUCGACAGCAAUGUGAGCGAGAAAGGCUACGGCCGAAUCGUCUGUUAGCUAGCAUUGUUUCUACUUACAAAGACCUGAAGCUGCAAGAGGACGAAAGGAGCAAGGCGUUAGAUGGCGGCAGAGGGGAUCGAAUGUGCAGGAAUACGGCGUCAGUGUGCCUGAAGCACAAGGAGACGCUGAAACUCUUCUGUGAAGAUGACCAGACGGCAAUCUGUCUGAUAUGCGGCUUGUCUAAGGCUCACAAGGACCACCAGUUAAAACCCAUUGAGGAGGCGGAGGAACAGUAUCAGAAGAAGAAAUCCCAAGAUAUUCAGAAGAUUGAGGAUUACCUGAUCAAAGUGAACAGUUCCUGGAGAGAACAGAAAAAUCAAAUCUCGGAGGUGAAGAUGCAGCUUCAUUUCUUGACAUAUGAGAUCAGGUCACAGUUUGACCAGAUGCACCAGUAUCUCUACAAAGAGGAGAAGGAAGCAAUUUCAGAACUUAAAGAGGAAGGAAAGUGGGCCAUAAAAAGUUUGGAGGCGCAACUGCAACUGAUCACCCAAGAAAAAAACCUUUUGGAAGCGGAGCUGGAGUUUCUCAAAAAGGAAGACGAUGACUGGAUAACAAAUUUGCAGAAGUCCAAAACUAGUAAAAGGUCAAUGGAAAAAGUGGAAAUGCCUGACGCAAUGAGUUAUGACUUGGCCCAUGGGGUUCAUAGAGGUCCUGUACAGUACAGAACAUGGAAAAGAAUGUUGAAUAUAGUGCAGAUUGGUCCUACGAAACUCACCCUUGAUCCAGAGUCGGCACAUCCCUCCCUAGAGCUUACUUCUGACUACACAUCAGUUCAAGACUACUCAAAGGAUGUUACUUCUCCAGACAGACCAAAAUGUUUUUACCCUUGCCUAGACUUGCUUUCUUCUCAAGGAUUUAGUAGUGGAAAACAUUACUGGGAAGUGUUAGUUCCAAAAGAAAGAGGGUGGGCAUUAGGAAUUGCUGGAGAAUCUGUAAACAGAAAGGGUAACAUUUCUUUAACAGCCAAAAAUGAGUUUUGGGCCAUGUGGAUUGAAGAUGGAAAAUUCUGUAUCUCAGAGGCACCAUUUGUUGUUGCUCCAGUUGUUAAUUCACCUAGGGUAAUCGGUGUCUAUCUGGACAAGAAUGCUGGACAAGUGUCAUUCUACAACGCAGAUGAUAUGUCUCAUAUUCACACAAUCCUUGAUGAAUUGCCAAGAAAGGUAUUUCCGUAUUUUAGUCUUGGAAUAGCUAAAACUGGUUUAUCCGUGAAAUCGGGUUGUUUGUCAUUGCACCACGUUCAGUUGUAAUUUCAUGCCUGUUAAUUUCUUGGAUUGCUCACUUACAGAAUUGUUUCACAUAAUUAAGAAUAAUUAAUUUACUUCAACUGUACUCACAAUGCAGUAAAUGAGUGGGUGGACGCCACAAGAUCCAGUGGUCUGUUUAAGGAUUAACAUGUAAUGUGCUGUGCAGUUACGAAGAAAGUUGAAUUUGUGAGUGGAAUAAUAACACAUUCGGAAUGAAAAUCAAGACAUGAAGUCCUAAACACUAAGAAGCUUUAUGUUAUUCAUUAAACAGAUAAGGGAAAAGUAAGAUUUUGUAAUCUUGGUGAGUGUAUUUAAUUUACUGUUAAGGUCUAAGUGUGAAGUUUUAGGGGACCAAAUACGAAGUACUUGUUUGCUUUUCUGUAGUUGGGGCUGUCAUGUCUUUUAUAUGUUCUUCCAGCAGCAGCUCUAAGCUAAUUAGCAGUUAACUUUGAAAAUUGUUGGAAAAGAACAAUGUUAAGUAUGUAAGAAAUAUUUUUUUUUUCUCCUCAAACUAAGAACUCCUCUCUUUUUCCCCUGUUGCAAGGGUACACAUCCUUUUUCCAAUGGGUGUAUGUAUUAUUAAUACAUGUCAGUUGCACUGUAUCACGUGAAUUUUGGAAAGGAACAGAAAUUUUGACUAGAAUUGUCAAUUCCUCUAUUUGACAGGAAAGGUAAUGCUUAAAAAUGUGAAAAUAGUUUUCUUCUCAGCCCUGUUACACUCCUUUUGGCUUUAAAGAGAGAGUACGCUUCAGCUUGCUUUCAGAUGUGUCUAUUGAUUGAAAGUGUCUGCCUCUU